AUGGGGGCGACGAGUUCGUCGUUUCAGGAAGAUUCCACGGAGCCUUUUGAGGCUGCGGUAGCGGCGGGGAAACAGCUUGCCGAGUGGCAGCUUGCCCGUCUGGCCAUUUUGGCACAGCGACGCCGAACUGGAGGGUUGGAGGAACGCAACAAUCUCCGAGGCGGCGGCGAACAGCUGCCUCCGCCUUUCUCGUGCACGGAGAAUUGUGGGGGAGCAGAACCGCGCCGAGGGGACGGGGAGAAUUCUCUAAGCGGUUCCACCGCAGAGUCGAAGGGUAAACCCUGGCGUCGCCCACAGGCGCAAACCUGCAAAAGAGCUUCGGGUCCUCCCGUGCGGCAACCGUUCACUCUCUUCGCCGUGUCUUCUUCUCUUGCCGAGUUAAAUCCAUCCGCUCGUUUCCGAUCUCCCCGGCGCUGUCAAGGGACAUGCAGUGAUGGGCGUCCCCUUGCCACUCAGGUGUGCGUGUCCUCGGCGGACGAACCACGGAAACGGACAGAGGACAUCUCAUCUGAAGACAUCAAAGUCGACAGCACGAGGACGCCAGUUUUGGAAGAGGCAGAGGCUUUGAUUGGGCAAUCGGGGGUUUUCGCUGGAAACUCUGGUGAGCCGGGAAGCGCUCACCAAAGACCGAAGGUCUGGGAAGCGAUCCAGAGCCGCGAACGGGCCAAGUCUGUGCCUUGCGUUGCGAGAAGAACAGCUUUGUUCGGAUGCUAUUUUCCAUCAAGUGCCAAGAACGACACGUGUUCGUGGCGGGGGUCAGCACGUCCCGUGGACUCUGAGGCGUUGUCGCGUUCCUCCAGGCCACGCUCUAUUCGCUCCACUUCUCUUCCGGCGUCUUCUGUUUCGAAGGAAACAAAAAGGUUCGCGAAGGAUCGUUCCGAGGGCGAUUUUCUGUCUCGAGCUGUUUUUGAGCCCUGCGUAAAGGUCAUGGACAUGAACGAGGACCGCGAUCUUGAACCUGAAAGAAACCCCGCGCGAGAAACGAACAACGCCUCUACCUGGUCUCGGGCGUCCGGCCACCGAGACACGGGUUGUUGGUGCUCGUUUUCCCACGAUUCGGACAGGGUGGGCACCCCUUCUUCGUCCAAUGUGUUUCGCAACUCCCCGGGCUGGCCUUCACAGGCCGCCCCCCUUCGUCUUCUUCUUCUCCUCGCCCCUGAAAUUUCCUCUUCGGCCUUGCCUCCCCUUCCCCACAGUGACCGCAGAGGGACGCGGUGUCUGAUCAAUCACAGUCCCACAGUCGUUCUGCUUCACACGCUCUACUUGCUCCAGCAGCGCGUGCGGAGUGACGACGAGCUGGCCAAGGGAACGAAACACAGAGAGGGUCUCGCCACAUUUCACUCCUGUUGUGAAUCUAGACGCGGCGAGCGUACGCGAGACUGUGAAGGCCGUGACGAGAAACCGUUUCUCCCUCCAUCGGGCAGACCACUGCCACAGUCGCCUUGUCAGAAGGCGAGAACGGCAGAUGUCUCGAGGGGUCCUUUUUGCUUCUCUUCCCACUCCACCGGGGAGAAAAAACAGGAGAGAUGUUUGGACACACCUUUUUGGGUCCAGCUUGAACCCGAUUUGUCUCAUCCCUCUUGUCGUUCGGAUUGCUCUCCACCCGCUGUGGAUCGAAAAAUCACGAAAGAAAACCAGCCCUCCAGUCUUCCUUCGGCUGUUCGACUCGACCACGGUGCGGCGUCUGCAGGCGGCGCCGUCGGAGCAAACCAGGCAGCGACGCCGUGGAACUCAGGCAGCCUGACACGUGUCCCCGAAAAGGAAGGACGGGUCACCCGGUUUCCGCUGGAAGGCAGUAAACGUCGACUCUUAUCCGUCAGUGAACAACCGACUCGCCAAGACGCUGUGUGUCCUGGAUGGUGCGCGCCGUCCUCUACCAAGCUUCUCCAAGACCAAAAAAAAACGGAGAGCCGAUCAACGCGCCCGUCCGUCUCCCAGUUCGACCUCAACAGGACCCACCAAGGAGAGGCCUAUGCCCGUGCACAGCAGGGAGUCUCUUCUCAACUUUUCCUUCCGGUUUCUCUCCCUGUGGCUUCGCCGGUAGCUCAAGUUCUCUUCGGCUGGCAAGCUCUUGCAAAGCGUCGGUGGUCUUGCCCCCUACAAGGCUCCAGCUCACUUUCGCUUCCUUGCCGUUCUUCAGAAAUUUCUGAGGGGAUCCAUGAAGUGAGAACUACGUUUGUCCCAGAGAACUCGACUUCAGCUUCUCGGACCCAACUCUCUUUCUGCUCCCUGCCGUGUGUCGUGCUCUUCGUUCUCCAGCACUUCCGGGCGGAGACGCACUACCUCGCCCCACGCCUCUUCCUGGAAGGCCUUCUCAACGCGGGUCUUCUUUUCCUCUUCACGGGUGCGUCGUGUCCAGCCUUUUUGCCUGGCCAGACGUGCAUCGAGGCGUGGGAAGACCAGCAGAUGAAGAGCCUAGAGCAAGAAUCGCAUGUUGCGAGAAAACAUGGUGCAAAGGAAGAGUUUGCAGAAACGAAACGCGCUACGGACGAACGAAACAAACAAGUCAAGACGGAAAGUAUCUGGGUGUCCUCGCCUUCAGAUCUGGGGUUCUGUGGGCCCCCGGAGAGUGACGUUACUCCUCAGGAAAAGGAAACGAGGAGCAGACACUCGUUUCAGGGCAUCAAUCGAGUGGUCGAGUAUGAAUACGAAGAAGACACGGAAAUCACGGGAAACGAGUGGCUGUUUGGUACGAGUGGCAGAGGCGCAGAGACAACACAUCGAGCAGUAAACCGAAAAACGCUUUUCGAAUAUUGCGUUGACACGAGCUGUGCGGUCGCUUCCCCGUCCGCACCGCCUCACGUUCGUUCUCCUGUCAGUUCUCUGGCCCUGGACGAGACAAUCCUGGAGGAGGCGGCUGGAGGAAAGGCCGCUGCUCCACAUGCGAGCCAGCAGAGUUCUGACGUAACGUAUUCACUCCGGGCGGAGCUUCGGACCCCUUCUUCGCCGCUCACGCAUGCGCCCGAGCGGCAGGGCUUCUCCUUUGUUUCCUUUUCCUCCGGAUCUGCCCUUUCCCUUUCCCUCGAGAUGGAAUUCUCCGACGCGUCUGAAGCCAACGAAGGCGAAAGAGAGACAAAAGGCAGCAGUGCUCGCGGCAUGCCUUCAGCUGUAGCGAAAGUGGACACUUCUUCACAGGCGGCUGGGCGAGACGGCAGCAAGAAAGAGUCUGAUGGGAAUGAGGGGCCAUCCCCCUCUGUUCACGCUUUCUCCCAACUUUCAGCCCCAGCCAGCCAGCAUUCAGCUGCUUUCGAAGACCUAGCGUCCUACCCCAGCCUUUCUCCGGUCUUGACAGAGCCUUCGCCACGGGGAGAGAGGGAGAGCAAAACGACUGCUGCUUUGGGCGUUCCGCAGCUGGACUGGAUGUGUGGGCACUUUGCUAUGGCGGUUGCUCAUCGCGGUUUCGUUCACAAAAUAGCCGCCAACCUGAGCCGCUCACGGCAGUUCCGACAUGGGCCCAUCCCCGUCUUUCCGUUUCUUGCUCCCCUUAACGGAUCCGAAUUUCACUCUUUUUCACAUCUCGCUUCGUGUUCUCUGCCUUCACGUCCUCCUGCUGUGCCCCUUUGCCCUGUCAAGAGUAAGACACAGCUGGGCACAGAAGGAGAGGAGGAGCGAAUGGAGCACAGUUCCUUCUUCACCUGCGUGUACCCUCCUCCUAUCAAUCGCUCUGUUCGACGCACUGUAGCCAGACACCUGGGGGGACGAUACCUUCACACACCGGCGCACGGUUCGAGGCGCCCUGGUGGCCGAAACGAUGAAGCCAAAGAGAAACGCCAGAGAAGGCGAUUGAAAAGGAAUGGCCAAGAGGAUGGAAACGGGGGAGAGAAAGAAUCAGGAAAACAAGGUGGAAAAGGAAAGAGUUCAUUCGCUAAUUGCGACGGUCAGAGACACUCUGAGUCGCCGGAUCAUACGCGGGACCUGGAGAAGAGCCGGGAAAAGGGAGAACAGGCAGAGAAGGAAGAGAUGCGCUGGCACUGGAGAAGGCGUCAACUGCUCUACGAAGAAUGCACUGGCCUCACUGCCCCGAUGGCUGUGUACUGGCAACUGCGGGAAGACUUUGAGGUUUCUUCUCGACAGAAAAGGGGAGGACAGGGGGCCCACCCAGGCUGUCUCCGCUCUCCAUUUGCAAGUGAGGAAGAGUGGAGAGAAGAGGAAGCACGCGAAGCUGGGGACUUCCACGUUUUCAUAGUUGAUGGUACUUGCCGGAGCAGGCGGACUCGAAACGGGCAGGGGCAAGCCCGAGAUAACACAGCAGGUGAGAUCCCCCGCCGCCUUGACUGA